UUUUAUACACUUUAUUCUUAUUUUGUUUUUCUACGCGAUAUAUUUAGCCGUAUCUAAGGAUAACCGCCAGCCGAUUCAUAAAUCUUACUCAAGAAGUAUCGUUCAGUGAGAAAGACAAAGUGCUGCACAAAGAACUACAACUAGCGAUUAGGAAUGGCCCUGUGGCAGCACAAAUGCUGUGGAUAAAGGAGAUGAGUCGUUUGAAGGGGGAUGGCGUAUAUUCUGGUCCGAAAGAUGCAACCGCUUUUGGUACUCCUACUGAUCAACUAAGACACAGUGUUAUAAUAGUAGGAUACGGACAAGAACGAAAGAAUAAUCAAGUGAAGAACUAUUGGUUGAUAAGGAAUUCUCACGGAAAAACAUGGGGUGACAAAGGUUAUGGAAAAAUUGACACAGCACCGUGUCAUGGAAGACUCUUGGUCGAGUGCGCUUGUAUCAUUUUGGGCGUAACAUAUGAGAAACCAAAUGGUGAACCGUAUUGAACGCCAUUGUUAGUCUAGUAUACCACUUCAUAUCAAGUUUAGAAAAUUGAAUUGGUCUAUUUUAACUUCUUAACUGCUAUUAUUGUUCCAUUAUGCACUAUUGUUUAGCAUUCUUUGUUGUUGCUUUGGUGUCUUGAAGCACAACAAGAUUUUAUCCAUUAGUGUCAAUUAUUAGGUGAUCUGUGACUUUAAUUUGUUGCUCUUUAGGGUGUUAAUAGAUUUUAUGUUACUCAAUUUGAACUGCUUUCUGAUUAA